ACGUCAUCGCGUAACAUUGUAGUUCAAUGUUUACUUUGACGCACGGUCCGACAAAAUGGCUUCAGUUCCACGGUCGUUUUUGUUACUGUCAAUUAUUCCCACAAUACUUAUAUUGUGUGCUGAUUUUGCGUGUUGCAACACUGGCAGAAAGACUGGUGAUGGGCUGGACACAGACUUCAGUGGAUUCUCUGUCCCUCUUGAGCAUUCCUUUGAAGUUGAUGAUGUGUCUCGGUUCCGUAUGCGUGGAGCUCUGCAGUUAAGGGGUGGGAGGGAGACCAGUGUGUCCCUCUCCCAGAGCCAGCUAUCAGAGGAGGACAGGAAAACUCUGAAGGAAGUGGCUGCUGUGGAUGGUUUGUACAAAAUCCGAGUGCCCAGAGUGUCUUUGACAGACAGGCAGACAGAGCGCCAGAUGGAUGGCUACCUGACGGCGUUCGUCAGAGCGUGCUCUUUAGUUGAAUCCCACCUCAGCGAUGUCAUCACCCUCCACACGGAUGUCUCAGGCUACCUCAUCGGCGUUUCCAUAGUGACCAUUCCAGGCGCGUGUCGGGGGACAGAGGUGGAGGACGAAGUUGAUCUGGAGGCCUUUAACACUACGCUGACCAUCAUAGCGCCUACUAAUGCACCCCAGCCGGAGACUGCUCUGUUUAUUGAGCGCAUGGACAUAGAACAUGAAAAGAGAGGCAAGCCACAGGAGCAGAAAUCCUUCUUUGCCAAAUAUUGGUAUUUGAUUCUGGGAGGUGCAAUCUUCCUCAUGGCCAGCAGUUCGGCACAACCCUCAGCAGGGGGAGCCGAAGAGCAGCAGAGCUGAUUCCCACUCAAUGGAUGUACAUUGUUCCCCUCGUUCUCUUCCUGAUGAUGUCAGGAGCUCAGGAUCAGUCCGGGGGUGGAGCAGCUAAUGGAGGAGGCCGAUGAUUGCCAUGCCAACAUGAUUUAUGUGGAGCAGUUUCUUCUACUUGUAAAUAAUUAUGUAGAGAAAUGCACACCAUUCAACACACUGUUACACAUAAACUAAUAUGGACAGAUGAGCUAACCUUGAACGUAUGUCAUGAACUUCAUUUUUAAUAUUGAACUGAUGGGAAAAAUUUAAUAUUUAUUACUACCUGAUAACUGUGUCUGUCGGACUAUGGUAUUGAUAGCCAGUAUGAUGCUGCUGGAUACAUAUUCAAGAGUGGGGUGGGUGGGGGACGCUGAGGAAAGAGGGAAAUGGCAGUUGUUUUCAGUCUUCUCUACUCCACUAGAUGUCCUCUUUCUCUGCCCAUCCAGAACGAUGCCUUGUUGAAGAUUCGUUCAACAUUAACGCAAUUCAAUGGAGGAUGACAAAGGGAAAUUGUCGCUUUCGUGAACAUGUCACCAUGCAGCAUUUUGUUUGUGGUAAUUCUUAAAAGUACAUUGUGUAAUAGCUGUAGACAGUGUAAUAAGGUGUAUUUAUUAUGUGUUUAACUAUUGCAGUGUCAGAGAACUGUCAUUCAGAUCACAUACCCUGUCCUGCUAUUAAUCUCUAUUUUAUUGCACGGCUUGACUGGCACACAUAUUCAAGCGGGCACAUAAAACCACAUCAAAGCAGUCAUGCUUCACAGUCCAAUAAUACAGUGUUGCCAGGACACUAUUGAGUCACUGGUUAAGUCCAACCCCUCUCCUCAAAUUUCUUCUCUGAUCUGUUACUCUGUCCCUCCUUGUGAAAAUCCUUCUGCUGUCCAUCUUCUAUUCAAUUCUCUGCCUGGCUCUCUGGUACUGCCUUGACUCCCAUCUAAUUUUUGCUGAAUUCUAAGCCACAGUUUCACUCUGUCUCAGUGUCUUUACCACCCUUCUCUCUGUCUGUCUCUACCACCCUUAUCCCACUGUCUCUCUACCACCCUUCUCCCUCUGACUCUACCCUUCUCCUUCUGUCUCUACCACCCUUCCCCCUCUCGGUCUCUACCCAUCUCCCAAUUGGUCUCUACCCUUCUCACUCUCUGUCUGUCUUCCAAUUACACUUCUCCUCUCCCUCAUAUUUAUAAGAAUGAGUCAGGCUAGGGGGAUUGUAGAAUGCCAGCAGUAUAGCUUUAGAGACAGAAUGUUCUGGAACCCCUGUGUCAACAUGGCCACCCCUCAUCAGUCCGACUCAACGUUAAUUUGUCUGUUUUUAGUCUAUGUACACAGCUGUGAGGUGUAGUCCCUUAUUCUCAGAGGCUCAGUGUUGAGCUUUAGUGUCCUCUGCCCCCCCACAUCACCAGCUACCACUUUGGUCCUACAAACACAGCAUUAUGUUAGGCUCUGCCCUGACACCUUUAACCUCAACCUUAUCCCCAUGUUCCUCCCACCUCGCUCUGUUAACUUGAGAAAGGAAGGGAUGAGGUGACGAGGACAGCUGAAGGAAAAAGGAGAGCUUGAAUGGAAGAAGGGAGAGAACAAUAAAGUAAUUUGUUAGUUUAAAAAAAUGACAAACACUCAAGCAAUGUGGGGAAAAAUGUCUCUUCUUUCUAGUGACAGCCCACAGGUACAUGGAAGUAUGAAAUACAAAUAUAACAAUGUGUGAAUAUAUCUGAAUAAAUAUGAUUUUGAAUGUUA